AUGGUUUCCUGCUCUUUAGCGACAUAUACCCUAAUUCAUGCUUUCCUGAUCAAUCAUAAACAUACCAAAGCAGCUUCUGUUUUGAAAAAAACCGUGAAGGAUGUCGUUAUUCUCAAGGAUGAUGUUACAUUGAGCGAUACAAAAAGGCAACCAGCGGGGACUCGUUGUAAUAACAGUUCAGACUCGGACUCCAGCUCAGAUUCUGACUCUUCGGACUCCUCGGAUUCAGAUUCGGAUUGUGUGUUUCUCGUCUUUCAACCUUGUCCAAGAACCUCUGCCGACUCCAGUUCUAAAGAAACCAAGAAAAAGCUCGCCUCCAAGACUCCAACCUCAAAGUCCAAAGUGCCUGAGCCUGCGCAAGAUAGCAAAGACAAGAAGACCGCUCCCUCGGCGUCAUCGUCGUCGUCUUCCGACUCUGAAUCCUCCAAUUCUGAUUCUGAUAUCCCUGUUGUCAAACCAGCAACCAACGUAAAGUCCUCCAGGGCCGCCCCUCCCAAAUCGAAGGCUCCCUCUCCGUCCUCAAGCUCCAGCUCCGAGGACUCCGAUGCUGACACAGAUUCGGCAGAUGUGAAGGACAAGAAAUCAAAUGACUCCGCGAAAAGAGACACAAGUAAGACGCUGUCGUCUGGGAGUGAUUCCUCCAGCGAUGGUGAGUCCGGUGACCAAGAUCGUGUAAACACGAUGAUGCAAUUAGCAACAGAUAGCAGCUCAGAUGAAGAGGCCGUGAAAGUCACCGCCGAGAAGCUCCCGCUCACUUCCGCGGCAAAGACAUCCGUUCCUACCAAGGCUGCUGCGGUGAAGUCCAAGAGAUCCAAGGCAGAGGAUUCGUCCUCCGACGAGUCUUCAUCGUCUAGUUCAUCAUCAUCGACCUCUGACUCCGACUCUGACUCCGACUCUGACUCAGGCUCGGAAUCGAAUGCGGGAAAGAAAGCUCUACGUCGCGAAAAAGAGGCAGCCUCGCCAGUUCCUUCCGAAACAAAGAUCACCAAAAAGCGCCGCACGUCCGAAAGUGGUAUGGCAAUUGUAACCGCGACAGUGGACAGAGAGUCCCUGCAGGUCACGACUCAGGAUAACAAUAGCAAGCGUGGUGGGCGGAAAACGAACACUCCGUUCCAGAGAAUAAAGAUGGAUGAGGUACCUGUACAUUUAAUCAUGGACAACCGGUAUGAGAACAAGUCCGCGCCUCAGAAUGACUACGGAGCGAAAGCUCACGCUGAUCUUAUCGUCACUCGCGGAGCCAGUUUCCGGAAGGAAAAGAACAAGAAGAAGAGGGGGAGUUACCGAGGAGGAGAAAUAACGAUGGAAAGCCACAGCUAUAAAUUUUGA